GCGACUCAUGUCGAUCAAGGACGAAUAGAGUUUCUUUGUUUCUUACGUGUAGCACAGAGCUUUUCAUCUUUUUUUGAAACACAUUGCCAUAACGAAUCUCGAAUUUGUACUUUUAUUUUUGAGUGGAUUGUUGCAUCCUGGUUUUAGAAGAAAUGCCAAGAAAAAGAAAAGGAAAAAAGUCGACAAUCUGCUCGGAAGGGCCUGUCGUGCCGAAGGUGCCGGGCGAAGAUGUCGAUAAUGCCAAGACAUCUAAGGAACUCAUCGAAGAGUGCAUUAAAUUGGUCACGGAGGCAGAAAAAUCCGCCGAGUGUCCCCUGUGCCUUGAUACAAUCAAGAAUAAUGUUCAGUGUCGCAUGGGCCACCUCAUCUGCGUGAACUGCCGGUCCAAGGUCGCCAGGUGUCCCAUCUGCCGCGAUCCCUACGACGGAACCAAGUGUUUCGCCUUCGACGAGGUCGCGGAAAAAUUGGAUUCGGUUAAGAUCUUGUUGAAGGAUCUCGACAAGUUGCUUGAAGCGCCGCAUACCGACAAGGUCAUCAAGAUCACUGAGUCGCAGUUCGAUAGAAUGACAGAGUUCAUCAAGUUUCUAAUGGACUCCCUCGAAGAAGUACAGGGUGAGCGAGUGCGUAAUGUUUGGGAUCGGGUUCAGCUGAAUCAAAUGCGCUUUUACAUGAACUAUAUGUUAUUCUUGAUCAAAGAUGUAAAGAAGUGAUCCACAACGCAUGACAUACCUUUUGUCUAUAUCGACGUUGUACUUUUAUAAAUAAAAGGUUUCGAGUCUACAUUUGAA